CAACCCUCGAAGCCGUAUGAGCUUCCUGCGAUCGCAAGUCCGCAGAUUAACUCUUCGAUCAUCUUCGUACAUAUCUCCACUUCGAACAAGCAUGGCUAUAGCCAGGAUGUCAACCGCAACCUCCGCCCUCCCCAAACCCCCCGUCGCAAACAAGAUCCCCUACAAGUACAAAUACCAUAACCAAGAGUUCCUCGACAACUAUCACUGGAUCCGCUCCGAUGACCGGAAAUCCGAGGAUGCGAUCCACUACGUCAAAGCCGAGAACGAGUAUGCCGAAGCGGUGAUGAAGCCCCUCCAACCCCUCGUCGACGAAAUCUUCGAGGAGUGUAAGAAGAGGAUUCAGGAGGAUGACACGUCGCUCCCGGCGAAGCAUGGGAAGUAUUACUAUUUUAAGGAGACGCAAGCCGGGAAGGAGUAUCCUAUCCGUCAGCGGCGGUUAGGUAUCGACGGAGAAUCGGAAGUGGUCCUCGACCUCAACCUUAUCGACGAGAAGACGCUCUCACUCGGCGCUUACGACCCCAGUCCGGACAACAAGCUGCUUGCAUGGUCUCUCGACACGGAUGGAUCCGAGAAAUACACAUUACAGUUCAAGAUCUUAGAGGGCGACAAGAGGAUCUUGGACGACGUUAUCGCAGACAUUGCACACGGCGUCGAAUGGAUGGGGGAUUCGGAGCAUGUUGUGUAUGUUACAUUUACAAAGACAAGAAGGACGGAUAAAGUUUGGUUGCACAAAGUUGGCACGCCGAGGACCCAGGAUCGUUUGUUGUUCCGCGAGGAAGACGAAGCUUACAUCGUCGAUAUCUCCAAAUCCAUGAGUGGGGAGUAUAUCUUCAUCGAGACGACCACGAAGACUACCUCAGAGGUCCGGUACAUCCAUACCUCUGACUCCUCCGCCAAAGUCCACCUGUUCGCGAAGCGCAAGGAAAGCCUACUCUACUACGUUGAGCACAUGGGCAAGGAUUUCAUCAUUACUCACAAUGACGGUGCGAUCAACUUCAAGAUCUCGAAGAGAAGCGUGGAGGGUGGCAAGAAAGACGAGUGGCAGGAUUUGUUUGAGGAUAAGUUGGUGUACGUAAACUACGUUGUGCCAUUCCAGAAGCAUCUGGUUGUUGUUGAAAGGAGUGAUGCCGUACCAAGGUUCCGCAUCUUCGAAGCUGACAACUCCGGCUCCGUCUCCUCCUCAUCCCCCUCUCACACCAUCUCUUUUGAUGAACCCGACUACGACGCAACCCCCAUGUCAUCCUUUGACCAAGACUUCUCUUCCGAAACCUUCAAGUUCUGGUUUAACUCGUACUUAACCCCCAAGACCAUUUACGCCUACAACCUCGUCACUCGUGGAAAAUCGAUCCUUAAGCAGGAUUUGGUGCCCACCGUGAACAAGGAGGAGUAUGUGGAGGAGGUGCAUUGGGUGGAGUUGCCGGAGGGGGCGUGGGAGAGCCAGAAUAUCCCAAAGGCGGUGCCGGUUACAGUUGUGUAUAAGAAGGGAUUGUUGAAGAAGGAUGGCUCUAACCCUGGAUAUCUCUAUGGAUACGGUUCGUACGGGAUCAACAACGACCCCCGGUAUCCGGAGGGUAAUGCGAUCUUCUCAUACCUCGACCGUGGGUUCGUCUGCGCCUACGCCAAGAUCCGCGGAGGUGCGGAGUGUGGCCGUGCCUGGUAUGAAGAAGAAGGCAAGUUCCUCAAGAAGAAGAAUACCUUCAACGACUUCAUUCUGGCCGCAGAGUGGUUGAUCAAGGAGAACUACACCUCGAGUGACCGUCUUGCGAUCCAUGGAGGAAGUGCGGGAGGCCUCCUCAUCGGCGCGACAGUCAACCAGAGACCAGAGUUAUUCAAGGCAUACCUUGCAGCUGUUCCCUUCGUCGACGUGAUCAACACCAUGAUGGACCCCUCCAUCCCCCUCACCGUCGAAGAAUACCUCGAAUGGGGUGACCCCAACGAGAAGAAGUACUUCGACUACAUGCUCUCUUACUCCCCCUACGACAACAUCCGCCCCAACACCUCCUACCCCAACGGCCGCGUCACAUCCGGUCUCUGGGAUCCAAGGGUGCAAUACUGGGAACCCGCCAAAUGGGUUGCGAAACAGCGUGAGCUUGGGGUCGUUGGUGAUGGAAGUGAUGGUAGCAGCGUGUUGGUGUUGGAGACGUUGAUGCAGGCGGGGCAUGCGAG